AUGCCAUAUUCCGACUUCAAUUUGUCUGACCUGCAAGACUACGUGCCACAUAACCCAUGCGAUGACAACCGCUACCUUGGUGCAUUGAGUGGCGCCUCGUAUGCAGCCAGAGACAGUAAUCCCGUUGAAGCCAUCGAUACACCUCUUCUUGACCCCACUUUUCAAUUCUGUGCGGAUGUGUUGAGCAGUAUAUCGCGACUUUUUCCGGGCCUACGCACCUACCAUGAAACAAAAUUCAAAGAUACAAGAGGGGCUACCAUUGAUGAGGUCGAGGUACAAGGUCCAGCCACAAGGGGCGCAAGCUCGAGACAUCAGGAUAAUCACCAGCCAAUCCCUGGUGAAAUCGAGGGUUUCCACAACCGUUAUACAGUAUAUGCCACUCCAUCGGCAUAUACCAGCAGUCAAUAUGAGAUACUAUCCCCUCCAGCGAUGGUACCCGUACAUACAAGCUCCUUACAGGAGCUAAUCAACUGUCGGGAUGCGACUUCCGAAGGAAGUAGGCGUGAACCAUCAACGUCGCCUUCAAUACCAGCAAUGGGACAGCCAGGUCCCUCUCAUUGGCAUCAAGAUCGAUUUGACGAGCCGUUCCAUCAUCACCCAUCAGUUCAUCCACAGAUAGAACCAUCCGCGCUUCACCUGGAUUCAGAGAGCACGGGUUUUUCAACCCACCAAACAGUACCCGAUGCCGUCGACGGUACUUUGAGUCAUCUGGAUAACGGGAAGAACCUAAUGCUUGACCAGCAUACGGCGCCCAUCGAGAAUGUGGAUGGCAAUGAUAUGUCAGUCUUACCAGUACAUUCACGACAGCUUUGGUCAAAAAAGAGCAUUAGUUUCAAGACAUAUCCUCAGCCUCUAUACAUAGGGGGAAGCACACAUACAGCCCAGCAUCAGGGCAUAUUUUCCGACAAUUCUCAGUCAUGGUUGGACGUGGGAGAGGAUUCCAAUGCCACCCAUGGUCCAUCAAUGUGUUUUUCCUCGAGAAGAGAGGAAAACAAAACACUAGUAUCCGUCAUCGAUGGAAGCGACAGACGCCGCUCCGGGCACACAAAGGAGCCCGUAGAGCAACAAGACAUCAACAAAGUCCAAACAAAUGACGGAGGACACGGAGAGCGGAGGAUGGUAGGGCAUGGCCAAACAAUUGGGAGUGGUGAAAGCGGGUCUCGAAAGAGACAACGCGAGGAGUCUGACUCGGAGAUGGAGUCAGCUGGAGGCUCCCACAAGCCCAAGAAACCCAAAGUAAAGGAGUCCCCGGACUCCGUGCCAGGAGACCAAAGCACAGGGGUGCAGGGCGCCAGGGGGAAGCGCAGAAACCUGAACCCGAGGGCUCCAGCAAUGAUGAAGUUGUACGCACACAACUUGACGCCACUGACGACGCCUGAGGCCAAGGAAGGUGGAUUUGUCCCACUCGUCACCGCAGACACAAAAGCGGCUAGCAAGGCGUUUAGCAGCCACCAAAUGUCCGUCGACAUGGACAGUAUGACUAUAGUGUAA